AUGCAGCCUUCCCUCUCUACUUCUACAACCGGUUUCUCCCCAGUGAAAAUAUCAAUCUCUGGCGGGUCUCUGGGUGCGCUCAUCCUAGUUGAAGCUAAGGCCAAAGGCCUGAACAACUCGUUCGCCCGUUCCUCCGACGUAGCAAAAUCAAUCGAUGACUACGACACUUAUGGCAUUAAAGAGCCAACGGGUCGCCUGCACACCAUUAAGGCAUUCACCGAAGGGAAACUCGAACAGACCGUGGCGGAUAUCAUGAGUAGACAUCCUGAACGGACCGCCAACAUGCUACUCAGCAUGUCCGCCAUGGCGAGCCAGUAUCCUCACACUGGCUUCUACGACUUCAGUUGGGUGGUGCCUAGGGGUAAGGAAGACACAAACAGAACCCUGAUCGUGGACAUCGGUGGUGCCAAAGACUGGACCCUGCAGGCCAUCUGUAAAGAAGCCCCGGAGAUCCUGAUCAGUCGAUGCGUGCUGCAGGAUUUGCCAGUGGUGAUCCAAUUGGUGAAGACGGUUGGGGACGGGGAUAUCAGGAAUGCGCAGUUGAUGGCCAUAGACUUUCACAAGGAACAACCCGUAAACGGUACGUUACGUCUUCCUCAUGCCGAAUCCAUCCAACUGAUAGGUCUAGGUGCAUUGGUAUACAUGAUGCGUCGAAUACUCCGGGACUUUGGCGAUGAUGAGUGUGUGUCCAUCCUCCAGCAUGUGGUCGAUGCCAUGGCACUGGACAGUAAGCUGUUGAUUGCGGAUACGGUCACCGGGAAUCCACCUUCCUGGUUUCCCUCCAUGUUGGACUUUUUCUCUCCACCAUCGGAGGCAAGGAACGAACAGAAGAGGACGUCCGGAAGAUUACCGCACGGGCAGGACUGA